AUUAUGGAGAAUAUGGCACCAGGGUUUAGGUUUUACCCAACUGAGGAGGAAUUGAUUUCUUUCUAUCUGAAUAGAAAGCUUGAUGGAAGAGAUGAAGGCCUUGAGAGAGUUAUUCCUCAACUCUAUAUUUAUGAUUUCAAUCCAUGGGAUCUCCCAAAAUGCGCGGGAGAAGUUUGUGAAGGCGACCGUGAGCAAUGGUUUUUUUUCGUUCCUAGGCAAGAGAAAGAGCUUCGUGGGGGGAGGCCAAACCGGUUGACUACUAGCGGUUAUUGGAAGGCAACCGGAUCUCCAUGUAAUGUGUAUUCUUCGGAUAAUCGGAUAAUAGGGGAGAAGAGAACUAUGGUGUUUUAUAAAGGAAGAGCUCCAACUGGGAACAAGACUGAUUGGAAAAUGAAUGAGUAUAGAUCAUUCACACUUGAUCAAUCCUCAUCAACCGCUGCACCAACCACACCACAGUUAAGACAAGAGUUUAGCUUAUGCCGAGUGUAUUUGAAGUCAAAAUGUUUGCGCGCUUUCGAUAGAAGGCCAUCGGCAGAGUGGACACAACCAUUAUCAUCAUCAUUACCGUUGAUUGCAAAUGAUCAAGAUCAAGCAAGCACUUCAAGGGUUAUAGUUUCAACUGGAAAUCAAUCUUUAUCGUCGAGCCAUGAUCAUCCGAACACGAUUCUACCAUCCUCGUCAAUGCAGCAUGUCCAUCCUACGGUAGGAAUUGCGAACUCACCGGCCAAUAGUUCGUCAUCAGGUGACCAUGCAAAUACAAUCUAUGAUAUGGACAUUGAAGAUUGGGACUGGGAUGAACUCAAACAUGUUUUAGACUAA